AUGGCAGUUGUUCUCCACUUGACAAGUAUUUUGCUGAGCUGUUGGUUAUCUGACAUUAAGUUUGCUGAAGCUUAUCCAACCGCCUAUGAUAAGGCUCCUUCUGAAGCAUGGCCGAGUUUACGGAGUUGGAGUUCUUCCUGGAAAACUGAAAGCCAGAAUGUUCCUAGCCAAAAGCUAAGUCCCUUGCUACCCCGAAAGGACAAGAGCACACUCGGGCACAACACAAGCACGUUUAUGUCCAACCACCGGCACCACAGCAGUAUUCAGGGCAUUCUGGCACCCAUUACCAAAACCCCACCGACCACUGGAGCGGGCACGUGUCUGGUUCAACAGAGGCAGAAAGUGGUGUUCGCAAACCCGUCCAUCACACUGUCUCAAAUUCGGCCCUCAGUCGCGGCUAACGGGAACGCCGCCUCUUCGUUGGGGGUGUCGGAGUUCGGAUACUUGAGCGAUGGCUGCAGCCUGGCGUCCAGCGCAACGCCCGGGUACGACACUCUGGACGCUCCGCCGCACUAUGACUUCUACGCCAACACUGAGGUGUGGGGGAGACGCAGGAAGUUCAGGCCGUCGUUGUACGAGCUCUACUCCAACCCUAAGGAUGACUCCAGGCCCCCUCAAUAUGAGGACUCCUCCGUGGGACAUUUGGACGGAGGGGAAACUACUGACGAGGAAGACGAGGAAGAGGAGCAGAAGGAGCCACCAGCUGAACCCACUCGCUUUGGAUGGGUUCAGGGGGUCCUGAUUCGAUGCAUGCUGAACAUCUGGGGCGUCAUCCUUUACCUCCGUCUGCCUUGGAUUACAGCUCAAGCAGGAAUUGGCUUAACCUGGGUGAUCAUUCUGCUGUCUUCCACGAUAACAGGGAUCACAGGCCUCUCUACUUCAGCCAUCGCAACCAACGGAAAAGUUAAAGGAGGUGGGACAUACUUCCUGAUCAGCCGCAGUUUGGGUCCAGAGCUGGGAGGGUCCAUUGGUCUCAUCUUUGCCUUUGCCAAUGCAGUUGCCGUGGCGAUGCACACUGUGGGGUUUGCAGAGACUGUUACAGACCUCAUGGGUGAACAUGGAGCUGUCAUGGUGGAUAAAAUAAAUGACAUUCGAAUCAUUGGCAUCCUCACCGUGACCUUUCUGUUGUGCAUCUCUCUGGCCGGUAUGGCUUGGGAAUCAAAGGCCCAGGUUGUGUUCUUUCUCGUUAUUAUGAUUUCCUUUGCCAGUUACAUUGUUGGGACAUUCAUGCCUGCAAGUCCUCAGAAGCAGGCCAAAGGUUUCUUCAGUUACAAAGUUGACAUCUUUAGAGAAAACUUUGUGCCCGGCUGGAGAGGAAGAGAGGGUAGUUUCUUUGGCAUGUUUUCCAUUUUCUUUCCUUCAGCCACUGGGAUUCUGGCAGGAGCAAACAUUUCUGGAGAUCUCAAGAAUCCAACAGUGGCCAUCCCUAAAGGGACCCUUUCUGCUAUUUUCUUUACCACUCUGUCAUAUCUCAUCAUAUCAGUCACCAUAGGUUCUUGUGUGGUGCGUGAUGCCUCGGGUGUGUUGAAUGACACCUUGGCCAACUCCUCCAGUCCUGCGUCUUGCGUGGGCCCGGGCUGUCAGUACGGCUGGGACUUUUCUGAGUGCAUCCAGAAUGGGACGUGCACAUUUGGCCUCAUGAACUACUACCAGUCGAUGAGCAUGGUCUCUGCCUUCGCCCCCCUCAUCACUGCUGGUAUCUUCGGAGCCACGCUGUCCUCCGCUCUGGCCUGUCUGGUUUCUGCUCCAAAAGUCUUCCAGUGUCUAUGUAAAGACAGACUCUAUCCUCUUAUUGGAUUUUUUGGGAAAGGCUACGGUAAGAAUGACGAACCCCUUCGAGGGUAUUUGCUGACAUACCUCAUCGCAUCCUGUUUUAUUCUAAUAGCUGAGCUGAACACCAUUGCUCCAAUCAUCUCCAACUUUUUCCUCUGCUCUUACACGCUCAUCAACUUCAGCUGUUUCCACGCUUCAAUCACCAACUCCCCAGGCUGGCGCCCUUCGUUCCGAUUCUACAAUAAGUGGCUGUCCUUGUUGGGGUCUGUGUGUUGUGUGGUCAUUAUGUUUCUCUUGACCUGGUGGGCCGCUCUCAUCGCCUUCGGAAUAGUCUUCUUUCUGCUGGGAUACACUCUCUACAAGAAACCUGAUGUGAAUUGGGGCUCUUCGGUACAGGCCAGUUCCUACAGCAUUGCUCUGAAUCAGUGUGUGGGCCUCAACCAGGUGGAAGACCAUGUGAAAAACUACAGGCCUCAGUGUCUGGUGCUGACGGGACCUCCCAGCAGUCGCCCCGGUCUUGUUGACCUGGUCAGCUGUUUCACUAAAAGCCUCAGUCUGAUGAUGUGUGCCAAUGUUGUGUCUGGCCCCGGCCCUUCUGUGGUGCAGAAAGAAACCAGUGAGAAACAUGUGGCGUGGCUGAACACCCGAAAGGUCAAGUCUUUCUACAGAGAAGUGGCGUCUUCAGACCUGCGUACGGGGGUCAACGUCUUAAUGCAGGGGGCUGGACUGGGCCGCAUCAGGCCAAACGUGCUGCUGUUGGGCUUUAAGACGCUCUGGCGCAACGACCCUCCUCAGGCCGCUCAUGAUUACAUCGGAAUCCUGCACGAUGCAUUUGAGCUGCAGUACGGAGUCUGUGUCCUGAGGAUGAAGGACGGACUGGACAUUUCAAAAACACUUCAUUCUCACAUUAAUCCUGCCUUUGACGAGGGGCCUGAACGUGUCUGCAGCACAUUGUCUCGAGCUCAAGUUCAAACCAACUCUGUUUCCACAAUCUCCAGCUCCCCCGAACCUCUGCCAACAACAGUCUUCCAGAAAAAACAAGCAAAAAAGACCAUAGACGUGUACUGGUUAUGUGAUGAUGGAGGCCUUAUCCUCCUGCUGCCCUACCUGCUGACUCGUAGGAAGCGCUGGUCCAAGUGCACGGUCCGAGUCUUCGUCGGUGGUUUGCUGGAAAGGAAAGAAGAGCAGAAACAGGAAGUUCUGGCAUUAAUCAAGAAAUUCCGACUUGGCUUCCAUGAGGUUGAAAUCAUCCCUGACAUCUACCAAAGUCCCCAACCUGUGAAUGUGAAACUCUUUGAGACCAUGGUGGCUGCGUACCGAAAGGACCUGAAUCCCAAACAAGACUAUGCAUGUGGAGCGAGCAGAGUCUGCGAUGGGCCCUGGACGAUCUCUGAGCAAGACUGGGAGAGGAACAAAGCCAAGACUCUACGUCAGAUCAGACUGAACGAGGUUUUACAAGAUUACUCCAGAGAGGCAGCUCUAAUCCUAAUCACUAUGCCCGUGGGAAGGAGAGGCGUGUGUCCCAGCAGUCUCUAUCUGGCCUGGCUGGACUUUAUGUCACGGGAUCUUCAACCUCCCAAGUGGAUUAUCCAGGCGAGGCUCCACGUCCGAGCACGAGCGUGGCCCAGCCAAUCAGCGCCUUCCACACUGUUUGGAAACAACCAGAUACAACACACCACCUCCUACUUCUGCUCCAGGAUCUGUGCCUCGAGUGCCAUUUCCUCCUGA